AUGGGUACCUGCUGUGGUGUUCAGUCACGCAGUUCACGAUAUCGGUUAGCCCGCAGAAAUGCGGCUGGCAAUUCACGUCGUAAGCUUGAACGACUGCGUGCGAAACGUGCACAUAAAUUUAAGUACGGCGGCCCCACUGAGCGUGGUAAUGCCUUUCCGCUGUUUGAUGAUGGAAUGUGUUACCGUGUGGAGUGUGGUAACGAAUGGUUUAUCUACAAUGACACUGUGGGAUCUGAAGUGCAUGUUAUGAUGCGGUUUAACGGGGAGUUGAAUCUGCGUGGGUCUCCUCGAACGGAACUGAAAAGGGAUGGUAAACAGUGGGUGGCGAAUAUUAUUGUAUAUCCUUUGGAAACAGCUUCCUUUGUUAAACUUCGUAAAGGAAAGGAUAAGAAGAAGGGGGAACUAGUGGAUAUGGGAUUUAAGUGUUUUCUACGACCUCUUGCAGCGGAUUAUCUGAAGAAAGUAAAUUCAAAAGCAGAGUCCAAGGUACGGUCUGAAAUGUUGGAAGUAUCACGUAUUUCUUCUGGUGGUCGUUAUUCAGAGGAAGAGCUUCUAUACCUUUGCAGAAGUAAGAAGAAGAAGAUGUUUGUCGAUUUAAAGUUCCCACCUAUUUCCUCUUCCCUUCAGCAAAGCAGUGAUAAGAAGAAAAUUGUAUAUUUGGACAGCAUUACAUGGAAACGCCCGAGUGAUUAUGUUCCCCCUGAGCGACAUAAAGAUAUUCAACUUUUUCGAAAUGGUAUUGAUCCUCAAGAUAUUGAUCAAGGACAGUUGGGGGAUUGUUGGCUUAUGUGUGUGUUAAGUGUACUUGCAGAUCGCUCAUCUAUGGUGAAGAGCAUUUUUCGUCAUCCUAUUUCCUCCAGCAAAGCCAAAAAAGAGCAGAAGUAUGGUGCUUAUCGUGUGAAUAUUAAUAAACAUGGUUGGUGGGAAAACGUUAUUGUAGACAGUUAUCUUCCAACAAUGAAUUGUCAACCUAUUUUUGGAAAGUGUUCAGAUGAUCCUUGUGAAUUGUGGGUAUCCCUUGUAGAGAAGGCAUAUGCAAAAUUACAUGGAUCUUACGCCAGUAUUAUUGGAGGAGAUGCACUACUGGCAUUUCAAGAUCUUACCGGGUUUCCAGUUAUUUCAUUUGAUUCCAUGUGGAAAGAUGCCGUACAUGAUUCAGAAGCCGCCUCACGGUUUUUUAAAAUGUUGCGGGGUUAUAAGAAAAAGGGUUAUGUGAUUACAAUUGGUACGCCUGGCACAGACACCAGCGCCUAUACGGGAUUACAACAAUCAAAGGAACCAUUUCAUCAAAGUACAAAGAACUCCAAUAACAUGCAAGAAUUAUAUAAGAGAGCUGGACUUGGAAUGGGUCACGCCUACUCUGUAUUGGAUGUACGUCAGUUCAGUUUUCCUAAUAUAAAACUGUUAAAGGUGCGAAACCCGUGGGGUGCGGGUGGUGGAGAGUGGACGGGUGCGUGGAGUGACAGUAGUGAUAAAUGGAAACAACACCCACUCGUUCGUCGUGCCUGUAAACCGACCAAGAAAGACGAUGGAACAUUUUGGAUGGAAUGGAGUGAUAUUGUGCGUUUCUUUAAUAGCGGUGGUGUUUGCAUGGUGGAACGUAAUUGGCAUGAUUACCGCAUUCCCGGUCGUUUCAGCGGUGUGGUGCCCAGUGUUGUUCUGCGUGUGAGUGUAAAGCGCAGCACUCGUGUGGUGUUUAUUCUCUCCCAACAAGAUAAACGAGCAACGGGAGUGGAUGGGCCGUAUGCUGCUUUCUUGAUAACCGUCGCUGGACCCGCCAGCACACCAGGCACCUACACACAUCAACUGAUCGCCUGCAGUACGAAUAAUAUUGAUGUUGAUGUGAACAAUACAAAUAUUAAAAAGAAAAAAAACGAUAAAAAGAAGAAGAAUAAGAAGGAGAUGAUUUAUUCAAGUUAUAAUAUAUUAUCAGAUACGAAUGCCUUUACGUUUGCACAGCGGCGAGAUGUUGCUGUACGUCUCACAUUGGAGCCUUCGCCUGUUCCGUACAUUGUGGUUCCACGUAUAAUGAGCACAGACGCCACUUCUCAGCCACGGCCCUUUACACUCGCAAUGCUCACACCCCGAAAAGCGGGAAAUGGCAUUACGGCAGAGUUUGUACAUCUGCCAGAGAACCACAGUGCACUGCAGAAUGUGCGAACGUACAAUAUGGACAGUGGAAUCAAACCAAUGGUGUUGGAGUUUCAACACAAGAAGCCAGGAGAAGUAGCGUCGCUUCGUAAGGGUUCAAACCUUCACCAGGCGAAGAAGGUGGGAUAA